UUAUUUCAAUUGGUGCAAUUUUACUUUCACACUGACAUGCAAAAUAGUGUCAGCAUUUUAAUUAAUUUGUUAUACAAGACUAACUUAAGAAAUUCUCCAUGCCAAGUGCAUGAGAAUAUGGUUUGUACAGUACUAGAAGUAGUCUGGAACCAUCCCCUUCCCUCUAUUUAUAAAUUUAUGUCUCUCCACUCAUUUUCCACAUUCACCAUCAAUGGCAAACCUUGCGUAUCAAGAAAGCAAUGUGAGCCCAAAGCGUCCAAAAUUUUCUGAUGAAGAAACUUGCCUUGAUAGAAUCAGUCAAUUGCCUGAUGUUCUAAUUCAACACAUAUUAUCAUUUCUUCCAACAAAAGAAGCAGUGGCCACUUCCGUUCUAUCAAAAAGAUGGCUUUGGGUUUGGACUUCAGUUCCAAUCCUUGAUCUUGAGGACUCACUUUUUUGCAAAACUGAUGAAAGACUUAGAAUUGAUUUCAUGCAAUUUUUUACUAAAGUUUUAAUCUUUAACAAAGUGGCUUCUUUAGACAAGUUUUGUCUCAAAUUCAAUGCAGUUUACCAUCCUUGGUAUGUUAAAACUUGUUUUUGGGCAGCAGUUGCGAGAGAUGUGAAAGAAUUAGACAUAAACAUCCAGGGAAUGGAAAAUUUCCCUCUCUUGAAGUUACCAUGUGCCCUUUUCACAGCAAAAACAUUACAUGUUUUGAAACUGAAUCAUGGGAUUGAGCUUGAUGUACCUGGAACAGUUUCCUUGCCAUGUCUCAAGGUUUUGCAUCUUGUCUGGAUCAAGUGCAGACGUGAUGAAUCUGUUUCUAGGCUUUUCUGUGGUUGUCCGGUUCUCCAGGAAUUGCUUCUUAAAAAUUUGGAUUGUGAUAAUGCACUGAAUUUCAACAUUUCCAUUCCUACAUUGAAGAGUUUGUUCAUUAGUUUUUUCACCGGACAGGUUUCAUGCAAACUGAAGAUAAAUGCCCCAAUUCUUCAGUACCUAAAUCUCCAAGCCAACCUGCCCCAACUGGAAUAUGAUGUUGAGGAUGUCUCUAGCUUAGAUGAAGCAAAUGUAACAGUUUCAUUACUUGGAAAUCACCACAUUCCACUUGUCAAAGCUCUCUGCAAUGCUAAGUUUCUUUCCUUCAAUUGGGAUUGGUAUACAAUAAUGCACAACUUCAAAACUUAUCCUUUGUUUCUUAAUCUGGUUCGAUUGGAGCUAAAUGUUGGUUAUGGUGGAUGGAGUGUGCUGUCACGUUUCCUUGAAAGCUCUCAUAAUUUGAAAGUUCUUGUUCUUGCCAAGAAUGCUAAUUGCCGUGGACUUGGACUUGAGUGCCGCUGGACACCUCCAAAGUAUGUUCCUAAAUGUUUGCCGUCAUCCCUAACAAUGGUGUAUUUUAGAGGGUUUGAAGGUCUAAGAUAUCAGCUGAGCAUGGUAAAAUACAUUUUGAACAAUGCUGGAGUUCUGAAGAUGAUGGAUAUUUGUACUAAUGGAAUUAGUGAUAUGCCUAUGGAUUCAAAGUUUGAUAUGCUCAGGAAAUUAUCAAUGUUCCCAAGGGGCUCCAAGGCAUGUCAACUUCAAUUCAACUGACAUACUUGUCUCAAGAUACAGUUUGGUCCUG